AUGUCGCUCCUGAGGUCCCAGUUCAGGAAUUCCAUAGCGAAAAUCUGCAAGCGCUACCAGCAGACUCAGGCUAAAGUUUGCGCGCCGCCGAGCGCCCCCUCGGGGCCGGUGUUCCUCAACCACACCUGCUUCCCCGACAGGGUGGCAAUCAGGGAUAAAAUCGCUAGAUAUACUUAUGCGAACAUAUUUUUGAGCGCCAACGAGCUAUCAAAAGAGAUCACGAAGAUUUGCAAUGGGCGUACCAACGAAAGGGUGGCUUUUAUGUGCUCCAACGAUGUUAACUACGUUAUAUCGUUGUGGGCUAUUUGGUUGUCCGGGCAAAUAGCUGUACCUCUCAGUUCCCUUCACCCGAAAAACGCCCUAUUGUACUACGCCAACGACUGUCAAUCGAAACUGUUGCUUUCUUCGCCGGAAUACGUGGAACUGAUGAAGAGCGUUUCGACCAACACCGGAACUACGUUGCACGUUCUCGACGAUAAAUUGAGCUUGAACUGCGCCCAGAAGAAUUACAACACCCAAGCCGACUUGGAAGGCGGCUUGCCGUUGAAUUUCUACAACGAUAGCAACGCCUUGAUUUUGUACACCAGCGGCACCACCGGAUCUCCUAAAGGCGUCGUCGUGUCCCACAAGAACCUCCAAUAUUCGAUCACGACGCUGCUGGACGCCUGGAAAUGGUCGCCGAACGACGUCAUUCUGCACACGUUGCCGCUCCACCACGUCCACGGCACCGUCAACGCUCUGCUCUGUCCGCUCUACGUCGGCGCCAAGGUGAUUAUGCUGAAGAAAUUCAACGCGAACACCGUGUGGUCGUUUCUGUUGGGCGUCGGAGCCAAUCCGGAGGAUCGGAAGACCACCAUUUACAUGGGCGUGCCGACGAUCUACUACAACCUCAUCGACGAAUACCACAAGGUUUUUAAGGACGAUCCCAAGAUGGUGGAGCACAUUAGGGUCACUUUGAAGAAUCGGAUCAGAUUGAUGGUGAGCGGAUCGGCUCCUAUGCCGGCUACUAUACACGACAAGUGGUUGAAGAUAUCCGGUCAUAAUUUACUGCACAGAUAUGGAAUGACGGAAUGCGGGAUGGUUCUUUCGCAAGAGUACGAUUCCGAAAGGUUUCCGGGAACAGUGGGAGUACCUCUACCUGGAGUAUCCGUGAGAUUCGCCGAGGAAGCUGCACCGAAACAAGAACCUAAAAUCGUGUUAGAGAGCACCAAUAUCGACGGGAAGGUUGUAUUCAACAAAAAAGAUCCCAAACCGAGCGAGGGAAACCUCAAAGGCGAAUUGCUGGUGAAAGGAGACGGGGUAUUCAAAGAGUAUUACAAUCUACCGGAGGCGACGCGCAAGGAAUUCACCGAAGACGGUUGGUUCAAAACGGGUGACAUCUGCGAGUACGACGAGGACGUGAAGCAAUUCAGGAUAUUGGGAAGGAAGAGCGUGGAUAUUAUCAAGAUGGGCGGUUACAAGCUGAGCGCUUUGCAAAUCGAAGGGAAACUCGUGCUGCAUCCGGAUAUUAAGGAAUGCGCGGUGUUUGGCGUGGAGGACGAGAAAUGGGGCCAAAGGGUCGCCGCUUUGAUAGUGACGAAGCCGGAUAAAGAGGUGACGUUGGAUGGUAUCAGAGAAUGGGCCGCUGAUAAGAUGCCCGGUUAUUGGGUGCCGAGUAUCAUUAAAAGCGUAAAGGAAAUCCCUAAGAACGCCAUGGGUAAGGUUAACAAGAAGCAAUUGGUUAAGUCUAUGGAUUGA